AUGUCGAAUGCGCCGGUGCUGCUCGAAAUCGGCGCAGUCGCCUACGCCCAUCAGGCGGAGGUGGACGAGGUGAAGCAGCGCAUGGGAAUUCGCCACAACUACUUUGACUGCUGGAUCUAUGGGUUUCUGGAGAACAAGAACUUCAAAGUCGAGGAGGCCGUAGCGAAGCUGCGGCGCCGUGCUGACUUUGAGCGUGAGCAGCUGGCGACGUACAAUGUGACGGACUGGAUGAUGGAAAAUAUGCGCAAAGGUAUCAUUCAAAUCAUCGGUAAUGACAAGGUGGGCCGCGUCACUUUUUACGUGUGCUCAGCGCGCGACAAGCCGCUGGCGUCUCGGCGCGAGGAGAGUCGCCUGAACUUCGACAUGUUCGUCACCUACGGCACGCGACUGCGACCCGAGAGCAAACGGUGUCAGAUCGCCAUGCUCAUCAACCAGGACAAGGCCAGCAUGAUUCGCAACCUUGACAUGACCCUUCAGGCCGACAUCGCGCUUCGCAUUGCCAAGUUCUACCCCGGGUGCGUCGACAAGAUAUACGUCUGCAGGAUGGGUCGCAUGCUUUCCACACUGGCAAAGCCGAUCUUCUCGCGACUCCCGGCGAUUGUGUCCGAUCGUAUCAUCAUCAUGUCCGACAACGACAUCCGCCACGGGAAGCUGCUGGAGCUGUACGACGCUGACGUGCUCCCGGUCGAGCUGGGCGGCAAGAACGACUGCGAUCAUCAGGAAAACUACGACCGCUUUGCCACCAAUAUCCGGAACUACUUUGAGCAGCUCAAGACCGCUGUGCAGCGGGGUGAGGGGGUAAAGGAGUGGGAGCUGAACAACCUCCUCAGGGCGGGCUACAUCGAGGAGCUCUCCCGUAUGGAUGCCUUGAAGCGUAGCAUCAUCGACCCGUCACCAUCCCUGCGCGAUCAGCCUCUCACUGGAGUGUAUGAACUCGCCGAGUGCUCGUUGCCUGGAAUGGAGGGCACCGUCAUGGCGCUAUCCGUUACCUCUUGCUCCCCUCCCCGCAACGUCUUCGACAUCGAUGACGACGCCAACCUCAUCACGUGCGGGACGGACAGUAUGGAGAUGGAUGGCCCCAGGUCCCUAAGCCGGGUGAAGCGGAACACCUCCCCCAUCAUGCGCGUACCGGCGCACAACCUCUUCACGGACUACAUCAACCAAUUCACCACCAUCGAGUCGUUCUUUCGCCUCAGUCUCACGGAGAUGCACGAGCGUCAGUGGCUUCAGAUUGUGCAGUGGGAGUUGCAGGAGCGGGACGCCCUGCUGCACGAAGCGAGCCUCAUCCAAGGUGACAGGCUACUUGCCGGGCUGCCGUCGUCGAUACUGCUGGUGGCGAAAGGGUUUCUGUGGCUGUGUCUCAUGGUCUCCUCCUUCUUCUUCCUGCUCGGCACCUGCUUCAUCGCGCUGCUCGGUGUCAUCUCGUUGGUCAACAUUUUGUUCGCCGCCUUUGCGCAGCCGUACUACGUGUUUCUCUACGGUGUGGCCUUCCUCGUCGUGGCAUCCCAAUUUUGCAUCUUCUGCUCACGCGGCUUCGACGUGGCUCGUCACACAUUUCAGGGGCGCGUCGUGGAGGCGUUCAGGGCAUUUGGGAUGAAGGCGCUCGUCCCCCAUCUCGUCAUUUUCGUUGGCUGCACCUUCGCCUAUUUUAUUCUCUUCUGCGUCAUGGCUGCCCGCUACGACGUCUUGACCGGACUGCAGUACAGCCUGGCGUACGGCUGGAUUGUCGCGGUGUGCCUCAUCUUUGUCUACCAUUUCGUAUUCGCCUUUGGCCUGCGGACGCUGAGCAAGCGCUCGUAUGCGCAAGGCAGCCGGAAGAACACCGCCGAAGCCACCCUGUACCUCUUCCUGGAGGUAGAGAUGGAUGACGAGAACAUGGAGCAGCGCUGCCCGCCGGGCGAGGUGAUGCUGCUCACGGUGGUGGGUGUGCUGUCGGUGGCCAUGGGCGUCGCUUUCGUGGCGGGCGGCGGCUUCUUCUUUUUCUGCGGUGCGAUUGUGGCCCAGGCAGUGCUGCUGCUCCUCUGCACCGUCUUCUUGAUUGCCCGCAGCGUGGGCACCUCGUCCAACAUCACCAUCUGCGGCGUCUUCUACGCGUCCGUCUUCUGGAUGGACACCCUCUUCACCAUACCGCAGAACGGCUGGACGAACCACUGGGGAAACUCGGUCCUGGCCGUGCUCUUCAUCAUGCUGUUCUUCGUCAUCACCGGAAUAGUGACUGUGUACGGGCGGUGGAAGGGUGCGGUGCGCCGGUGGCUUUUCCGCCUCUCGUGGCUGCUACUUUUGCUUCACUUAACCGGCAGUGUGGUGACCCUGACAGUCUUCGACUACCGCUGCGGCCUCUUUGUACUGGCGCUGGCGGUGCACCUGCUGCUGUGCAUUGCGCGCACAAACGAGUCGUCCAACACAUACGGCGUUUUCACCAUGUGCGCCUGCUUCACGCUAGUGCUACUUGCCUGCUGCAUUCUUGGCUAUACCGCAGCGAACGAAGUUUACGAGGGCUCCGUCAGCGACGUCCUUUUACCGAACUACGCAACUCGCUUCGCCUCCGCCAUCUCGCGAGGGGUGAUGUCUGCAAAUUUGGCGGAACCACCAACGGGUCGCAGCAGCAUAGCAGGAGUAGCCUCCGUAGGUGUGCAAAUAAACUCCUCGUACGUGAAGCCCCCACUGUGCCUUACGCAGUUCAGCCCGACAGUCGAUGUGGUGGGCAUCGCUCUCUUCGCGAAGCUGGGCCUCAACAAGGACGUGGCGGGGCAGGACGCGGAUCUCUCGCGCUGGUUCCCAUCUUUCAAGCGCGUGCCUGUUCCAGAGGGGGGUGACUCUACCUUCAUGCACCUCGAUGCGUUCCGCGAGGAGACUGCUGCCGUCAAUACGACCAUCAUUACAGCGCGUCCCGGCCGCAACCUGAUACCUCUGAUCGAGUCCAUGCUGAUGUGGAUCGACACGUACGCCUUGUCUUUCCUGUCGUUCUUCAUGCCAGCGCCGUACGUUGAUCGACUGCUGCCUUAUCUCUCAUUUGUGCAGCGCAUAGUGCCGUCGCAGUGGGAUACGUCGGUCGAUAAAAUCGCAUCCAUCGUGCACGCGUUGCUGAAGGACCUGAGCGGCGAUCAUGAAAGCGUUAUCGUUGUUGGCCACGGCCCCGUUGGCAGCUGGGCUGCGGUGAUUGGCCUGCGGGCUCAGCAAAACACACACAGCGUUGUCUUCUCUGGUCCCCCAGUUGUCUUCUCCAAGCUCGGCCUGAAUCUCAGCGCCGAGGUCCUGUCACGGCGCAUGCUCUCAGUGCAGACGAUCCAAAGUUUCUUCUCAUCCUGGUAUCUGCGCACCGCGUCCAUGCAACUCAUUCCCUGCAGCCUUGGCGGCGUCAUUUGUGACCGCAUGGACACCACCAUAAACGAGCUACGCCACCUCUGCAGCGAGUGA